AUGGCGGCAGAGGCUUUUGGUUUGGCAGCUAGCGCUCUCUCUGUUGUUGGGCUCGCUGGACAACUCGCACAAGGCUCAAUAUUUCUCCAUGGCUUUCUUAGAGACAUCAGAGAUGCACCAGCCGACAUCAAAUCCCUGUCCAGUGAGCUCCAGAUCAUCUCCUCGACCCUUACUACCAUCCAUCACUCGUACGACAUUCAAGAUGCCGAUCUAGAGCAGGUUCUACGCCAUAGUGAACAAGUUAUCAAUGGUCUAUCGACAAAAGUUAAGACCAUUGGGCUGGCUGACGAUCUACCGGAAUGGAAGAAAAUCCGCCAACAGGUUAGGGCGGUUCUAAACCGCUCAGAAUCGGCAAAGCAUCUUCGCGCACUUGAAAGGUCCAAAUCCGCACUUUUGCAAUGCUGCACAAACGCCAUAAGAAAGAGCCAAUCUGCCCAGGCAGGCGUCGCCGUUGAUACUUACAAUAUCGUUCUAGACACUCAGGAGACGACAAAUAGCAACAAGAGCACAAUUACUGAAACACACAGGGCUGUUGUCGAUGCCCGAAACAGUAUUGUCGGCACCGGAAGGACUAUCCUUGACACGCAGAAGACUGUCGGAGAAAUCAGAGCAGACACGUCAAAUAUAGGCGAAUCCAGUGUGCAGAUCAAGCAGAUCACCUCCGAAACCCGCACACUGGUGAAUAGAUUGACCGACGACACUUUACAUGUGCGAGACGUAACCGAAAGGAUCGAAGCUGCUUCGCGAGAGCUGCUUGCAAAGCCUCAGAAUAUCGCACCUGAACUGUUGCAUGCCUUUACCAAGGAAGUCCCCAGGAUGAUGUCAAAAAGCGUCUGUCGGCAGCUCGAAAGGAUGGUCAGAGAACAGGUCAACCAGAACGGCAGCGGCAACCACAUGAUUAAUCCAAGGGACUGUGGCGUGGCCAGAAUCAAAACUAGAACAGAAGACGAGAGUGUCUGUGGUGGACAACUAUCGAGUUCCAUUGAACAAGUUCCAGAUCAUCCGGCAGAUCACUGGCGCUUAAAGUCGUCGACAACAACCAGGAGGCGCCCCUUUUCGAAUUCUUUUGUGGGGACCUUGACGAUCACUACCACGGUGAAGUCGUAUAUCCGGCAAAAAACUGAUCGUUCUGGUCGAGAUGAGAAACAGGAGCGUAGGACGACAGUCACUUUUCUGCCCGCGACUUGGCUCAUGUCGAAAGGUGCUGUCCUGGCAUACGAUACCUGGAAACGCAUCGAAGUUGGGCCUUGGCAAAAUCCAGUUUACAGCUUGAAGACAGUCAACAUUGUCCCAUUGGGUUCUGAAAUCUUCCGUGCUUGCCUCAUCUCUGAUUUAGCAAGUAUGCGAACUUUAUUCGACAACAGUCAGGCUUCGCCUUCUGAUAUGAGCCCGGAUGGCCUAAAUCUUCUUGGCUGGGUCGCUCUCGGGGCCUUCGUACGUAUAAACCGAAUCCAAAGAACAGACCUAAUUGAGAUAAUUCAAAUGGUCAACCUACUGAUAAGCUUGGGGGUCGACGCUGGUGGACAUGAGGUCGGCGGACUAAGCUCGCUCGAACUCCUGAGUUUGGUCUGGUUAGCCUCCGAACAGCUUGACGAUAAAUACAGCUUUCUCUUUAGCAAGUUGCUGCUCGGAGCGAAAACGGAUCCUUUCACGCACGACGCAUCCAUGACUAUGAUCGUCUUGGACACAUACUCGUGUAACCCAACUGCGGUAGAAGUCCUGCUCCAUCAGACGGAAUGGCCAAUUUCGUGGCACCCUACCCACUUACUAAUGUUAUUACGGUUUGGCCGGGUGCCUGGGCCAGCCAGGUCAUUUGUAAUGCCCUGGGCUAUGCUUGACGCUUCCAGCAUUGAAGCUUCUCUUCAGGCUCAGUUAGGCAUCAUUCGAUCUUUCUUAGCAUCUAACGCCUUUCCCCCGCAGGAAUUCCCACGUCUUGGGCAGCACGCUAUUUCAGAGUUGAUUCACUACGGAGGAUUGGUGAUUGCUUUACUGUCCGAGCAUGAUGAUGGUGGCAGUGAUCCGCCAUGCCUGCAUCGGUUGCGAAAAUUGGGACUGGCUCGUACCUUCAUGAUCACGGCAAUAGGGCUUCUCUUGGAAUAUUGGCGUCCUUAUCUUGCAACAAGGGGCGAGCUCGACCCAAUAUCUAUACACGCCCAACAGCAUAACAUGCGGACGAUGCACAUUUGGAGGAUGGCAUUGGAGAACACGUGCGGCAAUGCCCAAGACACAUAUUCAGACACCCGUCCUGCUAAUUAUGGUACCGGAAGUACAGAUUUUGUUUCAGCCGACGGCAGCCAAAAGGUCAACAAUCUUGAUGAGGAUGAAUGGGAGACUGAAUAUUCCGAUGGAUCAACGUCGGGCUGGGAAACUGAAGAGGAGUGGGAAGAAGGAUAUCUGUUAGACGCCGCAGUCGAUCGGGUUUAUCGGGAUGCCGCGAAUACCUUACCAACACGCAUAAACCGUUGCACUCGGUGUGAAUUCGCUUCAAAUGGCGAAGCAGCUGGCGAAGAGGAGGGUGCUUGGGCAGAUGGAAUAUCCACAUUCUCGCCACUUUUUAGGCUUACCUCUUAUUCAGGUAUCUUGCCAUCUGAGUGCAGCUUUGCUUAUGAUGAAGACUACUGGCAGCACGUUUACUCUUGGGUUGAGUCGGAGCAAAGCUACGGUUGUCUUUACCACGCGCGAGCGACAGAUCAAGUACCGGAGACUCUCGCCAAAGCAGCAGAUUUAUUCAUCGCCUCUUCCAAGGGUCGUUGA